UAAUUAAAUGUUUCCAAAAGAUCUUACAAUCAAAUAACCUAAAUUUUAUUUGUUGUCAACAAAAUUUUUAUAUUUUACAUUACGAUGGAAACAAUUAAAAAUUAUUUAUUCUGUCAAGUUUGAUGUAUAAAUGUGUGUAUGUAGCUUCAAUUAAGUUUCUUUUGUUCAUGAAAUAUUUUAUUAUAAUUGACCUUUUUUAAUUAUGGAAAAAUCUAAAGAUACAUUUGCAUGGAUUUAUCAAUUAGAAUGUCCACCAAUAAUAUUUAAUACUUCAGUACAAAAAAUAUUAAAUUCAAGACUUAUAGGACUUAUGUGGGAUGAUUUAGCUGAUGUUAUAUUUAAUACUAAAGAAGCCAAAAUAAUACGAAAAAAUAUUUUAUUACAUCAUUUAAAACAAGGGACAUCUAAUAAUGUUAUUGAAUGUAUGAAAAAUUUAUUACAAUUAAAAUUAAAUAAAAAUGAUUUAAAAAAUCAAAUAUCUAAGUUAGAAGAAGAAUAUGAGCAACAAGAUUUUAUUGUUAGACAAAAAGGUAUGUUAUUAUUAGAAAUAUUAUAA